AUGAUCGGACCAACCAAACACAUCGGCAUGUACAUGGACUCGAAGCGAGCUUCACGGAUUGAAGCAGGAAGGGCCAAGUUAGAGAAGUUCAGGAGCAGAAAGAAAGCCUCUCACGUUUCUGAAGCCGGCCGAGAUGAAAGCGCGAACGUAGUAGAAGGAAAUCCGGCUCAAUCUGCGGCUCAUGAUGAGCAGAUGAACCUUGUGGGAAAAGUAAAGUCUCUGUCGCACAUACGUGAAAUUGUGUGCGAAGAGACCGUCAGAAACUCUAUCUCAAUCAGAAAUGAGCUGAAAUAUCUGCGAGAAUCUUUCAAGAAGACAGAAUGCAGCGGAGAAGGUUAUCUUGAAGAACGUGUCACCAUUGCUAUGAAAAUUGCUCAAGCAGUAUCUGAAAUAUAUGAAGCGCAAUCAAAAGCAUGCGAUGAAAAGGAUUCUUCUUCCUACAAAGAGGACUCACAGAGUAUCAAGGCAAGAAUACAAGAUAACGUGGUCGAUCUCUGUUCACAGCUGAUAUGCAUAGACGAAAAAAGCAAGCCCUGCAUAUCAGCAAUCAUGAAAAAUCUAUCAAGUGAUACUUUUCACGUUCGAUGUGAUAUCAACCAAAUACACCAAGGUCAUGCUAACACAGAGGGGAUCAACGAUGAAACAGAGAAUGAAAUAGUUUGUUCGAAGCAACUUCACACAAAACACGAGGAUAUCACCAGACCACACCAAGCUGAAGACAUGGCUGUCAAUGUACUGCAUAAUGAGAAUUCCGGUAAUGAGCCGCAACACUCAUUCAGCAGAACAUCCCAAACACUCAAUUUGGAACAAGAAAUAUUGUCCACAAAGCUAAUCGAGAUUGAGCAUUUGAAAGAUGAGCUUCAAAAAGCAAAACAAACAAUUGAAGAGAACAACUUCAAAAAAACUAUGUUGGAAGAUCAAGAAACGGAGCUGCGACGGCAGGCGAGGGACAGAGAGGCCGAAGCAGCGGAGCUGAGGGCGCGGGUCGUGUAUCUGGAGUCAGAGCUUGAAGCUCGAGAGCAGCGGGGGGCAGCGGGGGCACAGACACGGCUAUCCAAGGGCCUGCGGGAGCUACGGGAGCUACAGAGGGGGGAGCUGGGGAAGGUAGAGGAGCUUUGCAGGGCGAUGGAGGGGAGCAUAGAGGAGGCCGAGAGGGAGGUGCGGGAGGUACAGGAGAGGUACGCAGAGGGCAUGGAGGCGGCAACGGCAAGGAGGGCGGCGCUCGAGGAGGAGGUCCUUAGGACACGGGAGAGCCAGGCAGAGGAGGCAGGGAGACUAGGGAGGGAGCUGGCAGAGGCAGAGGCGGCAGCGAGCCGAGCCAGGGAGGCGCUUGAGGGGAUGCAGCGGGAGCUGGCGGAGGCACAGGGCCAGCUGGCAGCAUCAGAGGGAGAGCGGACAAGGCUGGCCAGCGAGCAGGAGGCUCGGGCAGAGCAGGAGGAGGAGCUGCGACGGCAGGCGAGGGACAGAGAGGCCGAAGCAGCGGAGCUGAGGGCGCGGGUCGUGUAUCUGGAGUCAGAGCUUGAAGCUCGAGAGCAGCGGGGGGCAGCGGGGGCACAGACACGGCUAUCCGAGGGCCUGCGGGAGCUACGGGAGCUACAGAGGGGGGAGCUGGGGAAGGUAGAGGAGCUUUGCAGGGCGAUGGAGGGGAGCAUAGAGGAGGCCGAGAGGGAGGUGCGGGAGGUACAGGAGAGGUACGCAGAGGGCAUGAAGGCAGGGAUGGUUUCUUUCAAUGUUUCUGGACUGGAUGAUGAGGUCACGGGAGAGCCAGGCAGAGGAGGCAGGGAGACUAGGGAGGGAGCUGGCGGAGGCACAGGGCCAGCUGGCAGCAUCAGAGGGAGAGCGGACAAGGCUGGCCAGCGAGCAGGAGGCUCGGGCAGAGCAGGAGGAGGAGCUGCGACGGCAGGCGAGGGACAGAGAGGCCGAAGCAGCGGAGCUGAGGGCGCGGGUCGUGUAUCUGGAGUCAGAGCUUGA